UUAAUCCCUGUUUUCUACAGCCACACUCCGGCCGCACUUUGCUUCCCCCGCUGCAGCCGGAGUGGCAAAAAUUUGCCUUGCAAAUAAUUCAUGCCUACUAACGCCCCCCUCUCCGCCCCCGCUGUCGCUGCCUGUGUUCACUUCUGUCCUUAAAUCCUUGCUGGCCUCGCCCUUGGAGGCGGUUUCGUCACUGGGGCAGUGGGAAAAUCAGACCAGCUCUACGUUGCUUCUGCCAGGCAGGUCCCGGAUGCCGACACCGGGGUCCCGCCCUGUCGCCACUUCCCGGAAAACCUUGGCCAGGCCCCUUUAUGUGCACACUUCCCCGAGAGCGCUUUAGGAAUAACCAUGGCUGCGGGAAAUGCCAUCAGAUACCUCCAGGGGGAAGCCACCUGCGCUGUCUGCCUGGACUUCUUCCACGACCCUGUUAUGAUCCUCAGCUGUGGCCACAAUUUUUGCCGGCGUUGUCUCGAGUGUUGCUCGGCGGAUGCCGCCGGGCGCGCUUCCUGCCCGCAGUGCCGCGUCCCUUUCCCGCAUGGCGACUUCCGUCCCAACCGGCAGCUGGCCAACGUGGUGGCUGCCGUCCGGGAGCUGGACACGCCGACGGCGCAGGAGCUUUGCCGGAAGCACGAACAACCCCUCACUCUUUUUAGUCACCGGGAUGGAAUCCUCGUCUGCGCUGCGUGCGCUGAGCAUCGCGCUGAGCCCGCCGUGCCCCUCGAAGAAGCCGCUCGCGGGUACAGGAAACAGUUUGAAGAUUCUCUAAGAAGCCUGCAAGAGGAGUAUGAGCAACGCGUCAGUCUCAGUGAGUUAGUGAAGGAGACAAGACAGGAGAUGCUGACUCGAGUCAAUGCUGAGAAGCAGAAGCUACUGGUGAUGCUGGAAGAGCUCCGGUGGGUUCUGAGGGAGCAGGAAUCAUGUUUCCUUGCCCGGUUCCGUCACCUGUGCUGGAGACUGGAGGAGCAGCAAUGUGGUGAAGCUGCCAGGAUAACCUGGAUCCGGCAACACCGUGCUGAGCUCCAGGCCAAGUGUCAGCAACCAGAUGUUGAUCUGCUACGGGAUGCCCAAACCACCCUGAGCAGGUGCACAGAGAGGAAGGUGCAGCCGAUGCUGCUGUCGUUGCCAGAGCUGGAAGCAGAGCUUGAGGAUGUUACCCGGAAAACCAACAUGCUGGCAGAGGCAGUGACACAGUUUAAAGACAGCUUGGGCUGUUCACUGGAGGAAGACUCAGGGGGAUAUCGGAGAGCAACUGUGACCCUGGAUCCAGCCACAGCUCACCCCCAAAUCCUGGUGUCAGCAGAUGGCCGGACUGCGCGCCGCCGGGAAUCACCCCCAGCUCCUCUUCCCUCAGGAAAGGAGCGUUUUGAGUCUCUCUGCUGUGUUUUGGGUCGGCAGGGCUUUGUGGGGGGCCGGCACUGCUGGGCUGUGGAGCCUAGAAAAAGAGGGAGAACGUCCCUAAAAAAUUUUGAAAACUCACUUGAGGCAGAAAAUGGGCUUUGCUUCUGGAUGGCUCAUAAUAAGAUUUUGCAAGUCGAAACUUUUCUGCUUAGGCUUUGCAGAGAAUACAGGGGAAAUGGGCUAAAACCACCUUUUGUGCCUGCUGGGAUCACUAUGGCUUAUGGUUUUGCCACUGCCACAACAUGAGCAGGGAGAGAGGCCACAGACAGGAUUUUAUCCCCUGUUUUAAUCCCCUAUUAACACCUACAAGUUGAAUAGAAGGGGGAAAAAUAAACUUUUAUCUUGAAGCAGCAGAAAGCUGUUAUUAGGGUUAAACUAUGUAAUAGAGAGCUGUUAUCAGCAAGCACAGGCAGGACUGGGCAGGUCUCUGCCUCUUACAGCCUCAGUCACUCCACCUUUACUGCCAGGCUUGCCUCCCUAUCCACACACAUACUUGACAUCAGACUGAGGAAGGGGAGAAACCACAAGGAAAGGCAGCAGGGAAGGCAGCUGCUUUUAUCUUCAGGGCCCUAAUUUUAAUUAACUGCCUUGACAAACUCACAGGUCACCGCUAAACCCAAAUUACAGUCCUGAUCAGUUGUAUAAUUAGUUGUUUCCCUGUUUGGUUCAUGGUGAGGUUGGUCCUGGAUGCCGUCUUCCUUACCAGACAAGGCCCAGUGAUGUGUAAAUAUAAGUACUUCUUUGCAGCAUCCUGCUCCAAAAGGUGAGCUUCAAACACUCCAUUUUCCCC